CCAGUCUCGGAGCUUGCAAUACGUUCGUUCCCAUCACCAGUAACCGGCUGUCCAGAAGAAGCGAACUUCUGCUGCUGCUAGUAGCGAUUCUACUGUAAUUACCUACAGCGUAAGGGCCGGCGAGACAGCGCAGCGAUGGCUGUGGCGGAGACGGCGUCGUGGCUGCAGCGGACCUCUACCCUGCUCGCCCCUGGGCCCUGGCAGUGGGCGUGGCUUUCUCCGUGGGCGUGGCUCUUCUCGUCAGAGGUCGCCAGCGCAUACGCCGCCUACAACGCCUCUGCCGUCAGCAACUCCACAGACCUCGAGCUGCGCGCCGAGGCGCCGCCCAGCCCGUCGGCGCUGGCGCUGUACGAGCACCUGUCGCUGCCGGUGCCACUACCCUCCGCCGCGCACCUGGGGCUCGCCACCGGUCUGCUGCUGGCGCUCUUCUUCAACGCGCGCCGAGACGCCUUCAAGGAGCGUAAGCGCGCGGAGGCGUGGGCGGUGCGCGUGGCGUGCAGCGCGGCGUGGGUGGCGGGGGCGGCGGCGGCGCUGCCGGGGGCGGCGGCGCUGGUGGCGGCGUGCGCGCUCUACCGCCGCAUGGCGGCCGCCGUGCUCGCCUGCACCACCGGCCGAGACUUCGCAGGGCUGCUCGCCGGGCCCGACGCUGUCUGGGCCGUCGAGGACGACGCCGCGCGCUCCGUCAUCAACGUGCUCGCCACGCUGCAGGUGGAGGACGACGGCGUGGACGGCGCGCAGCUGCUGCGCCAGCUGCGGUCGCUGCUGCUGGAGCGACUGCAGAGCGGUGCGCUGCCCGAGAAGCUGCUGCUGCUGCGCCGCCACUCGCCGCUGGGCUACUUCUACUGGCAGCGACGGCCACAGCCGCUGCGCCUGGACGCCGUCGUCCGCGAGCACGUCCGCUUCCUCGACGACGAAGACGACCUCGACGAGGACGCUGCGAGGUUCGCCGGCAGCCGACAGCACGGGGGCGCCGCCCAGUGGUGCUGGCUGGGCGCGCUGCGGCGCCGCCUGUGCGAGCUGGCGAACGCGCCGCUGCCGCAGGGCCACGCCGCCGGCUGGGAGGUGCUGGUCAGCGCCGCGCCCCUGGCCGCCGGGCCCGCCGACGCCGGGCAGGACCCGCUCACCGCCAUGGAGGAAGGUCUGCCGGAAGGCGUAGUCGGUGUCGGGUUCCGGGUGUUCCCGGUGCUUUUGAGGGUGCACCACUCGCUGGGAGACGGCGUGGCCCUCCUGCACCUGCUGACACACGCGCUCUCUGGCUCCCCGCAGUCGUCUCCGCCGUCGUCGCCGCCCCCGCCGGCCUCGGAAGCGAGCUUCUUCCAGCGGGCGUCCUGCACGCCCGGCGACGGCCGCGCCACGCCCAUCAUCUGCCAGGUGCCGACGCUGCGCGCCAUGCCGGCCACGACCAACGCGUGGCCGCCGCAGCCGCCGGCGUCGCUCAGCACCGAGACGGAGCAAGCGCCGCCGACCGCCGCUCUCCGGCCGCGCUCUCCGGCUCCAGCUCCAGCACCGGAUCCGGCUGCAGGGGACAGGGAGAGGGACUUGGCCAGGUGGGUGGAGGCGGCCCGGCGCUCCUCCCCCGCGGCGUGGGCGCCUCCGCGGCCGGCCACCCCCGGCCUCCGCGACAGCUCGGCGCCGAGCUCUCGGCCGGCGACGCCCUUCCACUCUGCGCCGAGCUCUCGGCCGGCGACGCCCUUCCACUCUGCGCCGAGCUCGCGGCCCGCGACGCCUUUCCAGUGCUUCAUCGACGCCACGGGCGACGCCGUGUCGUUCACGGCCGCCGUCAACAGCAGGUCGCCGACGCAGGUGGGGGCCGGACAGUGCCCCGCGGGGGGCGGCAGCCGCCCCACGUCCCCCCUGGCGCCCCCGGACUCCCCCGUGAAGCGGCCGGCGUCGCCCGUGCCGCCCUACAUCCCGGGCGUGCCCGCUUCGCCCGUCCGCCGCCCCCCGCGGAGGGUCCUCAACGGGCAGACUCCCCACCGGCCGUACAGCCCCACCGCACCGCCACUCACCAGACUGCACUGCUACAGCGGCGGCGCCGCCGCCUUCGCGGACGACCUCUGCGACAGCAGCUGCCGGCUCGACGGUCGCGGCGGUACCACUAUAUACUACUACAGCGCGGCUGACGGCAGCUGCAGGAAGCUGACGAGGAACUUCUCCCACGAUGACGAGCGCUCCACUGCUGCCGAGACGCCCGAGAGAACCAAGCCCAAAAGCUUGGCGCGUUCCGUUUCCUUCGGCCCUGUCGAGGUUUUGGACGGCUCUGACAAGGAGACUCUCCCACAGACGUCAAUCAGCGAGCGGGAAAUGAACCGGGAUAACGACGAUGCCGAGACGGCUGCAGUACUUGAAGCUCCCAACAGUCCAGUCGAGAAAGUUAAUUCCGAAGACAGUCCAGAGGCAAAAAAGGAGAUAGCCGUUGAUGACGCACCGCAGAAACCGUCGUUGCUCGUGCCGGCCGUAAAAGUGGAGGAAGUGUCUCUCCAACCUGGUAAUGAAGCUGAAGCAGCCCAAGGGGCCACAAUACAGGCUCAGCAGAUGGAGCCGCAUAACAAGGAUCUGCCUACUGGAAGAGGGCAGAAGAGCUCUGAAUGCAAGGCUAGGCAGCUUCCGAAGUUCAAGCUCGUUCCUGAAGGUGGUCAGCUCCUGCGCGUAGAAGCGCAGCUGAUGACCGCAAAUGGUGUUUCGGGCAGCCCGUACGCGCCGCUGCUGCAGGCGAUCAGCGAGUCCGGUCGCAGCCGGCCCGCCGGCGCGCUGGAGGCUGCCCGCGGCGCAUGCGCACUGCUGCUGACGCCGGCGGCGCUACUGCAGCAGGCGCUGCUGCACGCCGACCACCAGCUGCCCUGCCCCGCCGGACAGCUCUCCGGGGACAAGGUGGUGACGUGGCUGUCGGAGCCGCGGCUGCUGGAGGCGGUGCGGCGCGUGCGGCGGCGCGAGUGCGCGCGCUUCACGGACGUGCUGCUGGCGGCGCUGGCGGCGGCGCUCGACCGCCGGCUGGGCCCGCGCGCGCCGCGCAGCGCCACCGUCGUGCUGCCCGGCCGCAUCGCCGCCCCGGAGGCCCGGCCGCGCCCGGCCGCCGCCGACGUCUCCAGCUUCCUGGACAGCCCGGGCCCGCGGCCGCCGCUGGAGAACCGCUUCUCCGUGGGCCUGCUGCCGCUGCCGCUGGCCGGCGCCUCGCGCCUGCCGCCCAACCGCCGCCUCCGAGAGGUCGCGCGGCGCUCGCGUCUCCUUCGCGCGUCGCCGGACUACCAGGUGAACUGGUGGCUGAUGCGAGUCGCGGCUAGUGUGCUGCCGACAGGGCUGCUGGGGCCCGCGCUGAGAAGCACGCGCUCCAGCCUCGUGGUGAGCAACUUACAAGGGCCGGACCACCGCGUGCGCAUCGCUGGGCACGAGGUGCGAGACCUCGUCUUCUGGGUGCCCAACAGGGGUUCCAACGGAAUGGGUGUGAGUAUUCUGAGCUAUGCUGGUGGGCUGCAGCUGGGACUUCAGCUGGACAAGGCCGUGGCACUGGGACCAGAUGAUGAGGCACGGCUGCUAACAGUUGUCGCUGCAGAGAUACACCGUAUGGAUGCCGCCAGUCGUGCUGACCACUGAGAUGAAGUAUCCAGCAUCCAGGUCUGCACUUCCCAGGGCCACACAUGUUCAUGUUCACUGCAUUUCCAUUUCUUUCUCUCUAUGCAGCCAAGCCAUCCAGAGCAUACCUGCAGUUACCACAGUAGCCUUGCAGUAACAUUAAAGAAUAAAAUAUUUUUUAAAAGUA